AUGGAUACCAUUGAGACUGCAAAGCUUGAAGAGCACAUGGAAGGUCAAAACAAUGACACCUCAAAUGGUUAUGUUCGACCUACCCUAUCUGUCAGUGAAGAGAGCAAAAAUGGCAAUACCAAACCUAAGGGUUUACCUAAUGGUUUGCGAAAAGGCACAAAGAAAUAUCCGGACUAUAUUCAGAUUUCUAUGCCUGCUGAAUCUAGGAACAAAUUUCCUUUGGAAUGGUGGAAAACAGGGAUUGCCUUUGUGUAUGCUCUCUUCAAUUUAAUUCUAACGACUGUCAUGAUCACCGUGGUUCAUGAGAGGGUACCUCCGAAGGAGCUCAGUCCUCCAUUGCCAGAUAAAUUUUUUGAUUAUAUUGAUCGUGUGAAAUGGGCUUUUUCUGUAUCAGAAAUAAAUGGAAUGAUACUAGUUGGAUUAUGGAUAAUCCAGUGGCUAUUUCUCAGAUACAAAUCAAUAGUGGGACGCAGGUUCUUUUUUAUAAUUGGAACUUUGUACCUGUACCGCUGUAUUACCAUGUAUGUUACCACCCUACCUGUGCCUGGAAUGCAUUUUCAGUGUGCUCCAAAGUUGAAUGGAGAUUCACAGGCUAAGGUGCAGAGGAUCCUACGAUUGAUUUCUGGUGGUGGUCUGUCCAUAACUGGAUCACACAUCUUAUGUGGAGACUUCCUGUUCAGCGGUCACACAGUAGUGCUAACACUCAGCUACCUGUUUAUCAAGGAAUACUCACCUCGCCACUUUUGGUGGUAUCAUUUGAUCUGCUGGUUGAUGAGUGCCGCUGGUAUAAUCUGCAUUCUUGUUGCCCAUGAACACUACACUGUGGAUGUUAUCGUUGCUUAUUAUAUCACCACAAGGCUCUUCUGGUGGUACCACUCAAUGGCUAAUGAAAAGAACUUGAAGAUCUCGUCACAGACUAAUUUUCUCUCUCGAGCAUGGUGGUAUCCGAUAUUUUAUUUCUUUGAGAAGAAUAUACAAGGCUCAGUUCCUUGCUGCUUCUCAUGGCCAAUAUCUUGUCCUCCCAGCUGCUUCAAAUCUUCAUGCAAAAAAUAUUCGCGGGUUCAGAAGACAGGAGAGGACAAUGAAAAAUCCACCUGA